UUGUGUUCUAUCCAACCUGACGUCAUUGAACAUUAAUGGACGUGUGUAGGGCAGGAAGACAAGAGAUGUUACUCUUUUUGGGCUGGCGAUUGUGAGUGGGCGCAGUGGCUACGCGGGUCAACAAGUGCACCGUGGUGCCUGUGGUACAUGAAAACGCCAAAGUUAUACGGACCCCGAGGGAUGGGAGAGAACAGGAAAGAAGGAUGCCCCUAGCAGCCGUCAGACAAGGCGUGAGAAGGUACUCCAAAACGGUUUGAGUAGUUCUGUUAUCUGAGAAGAGGCGAACGGCUGUUUCGGCCGCUAGAUGGCUCCGGUGAGCCUCCAACUCUUCCUCACAGGCUUCCAGGCGCCCGGUUCUACUGGGCGGCGGUAUCCUAUCUGAGGCCGCUCGAAAUCGGCUCAGCUCCUGCACACAGAGGCGGAAAAGCGGCUAGGGCGUCGUGCCUUUUUCUUUCCUCGCAGCUGUGAAGUCGGGAGGAUUGAGGGCUGCCCAAAUGCCGCGCGAGGAGGCGGAGGAGCGCGGCUGCCUCGCGAUGCCCCCCGCCUUAGUCGCCCGCUUUUUUCUCCUGUCGUUCUGCACCCGGGCUUUAGCUCUAAAUGUUGCUGCUGAAGAUGCAAAGGACUCAACUGAACUGCUGUCGCAGGCAUCAGAAAAAAGUGGAAACUCAACUAAAAUAGCCAAGGAACUAAAAGAAAUAGUGUUUGUCAUCCAGAGUCAAAGGAAUUCUUUUCAUUUGAAGAAAGCAGAUGACCUAAAACAAAGUAUUUUCAAACAGGCUGCAGUUCUUGGAAAGGAGAUGCCUACAGUUCUGCUUACUCAUGAGAUGGACAGGCAUGAAGGUGCAUGGACCAUUCUACCAUUAAUGCAUGAGUUUUCUGUUACAUACAGCAGAAACUCUUCAUGGUUUUUUUUCUGUGAUGAAGAUACAAGAAUACAUAUUGUAAAGCUACUGAAAACACUUAGAAGAUAUGACAAGUCUAAGGAAUUAUUUUUAGGAAAAGCAUUACAUGAUGAUGAAUCUACAAUUAUUCACCAUUAUGCAUUUGCAGAAAACCCUACAGUUUUUAAAUUUCCAGAUUUUGCUGCUGGCUGGGCCCUUAGCAUUCCACUUAUAAAGAAGCUUGCAAAGAGGCUGAAGAAUGAACCUCUAAAGUCAGAUUUUACAAUAGAUUUAAAAUAUGAGAUUGCGUUAUAUAUCUGGGAGAAAGGCAAUGGACCACAUCUCACUCCAGUGCCUGAGUUUUGUACAGAAGACUUUGAUUCUCCUAAUGCUGCUGACUGUGCCACUACAUUCACUAAUUUCCUCCCACUUUGUGGAAAUCCUGUGAAGAAAACAGAUAUAUUUGUUGCUGUAAAAACGUGCAGGAGAUUCCAUGAAGACAGAAUACCUGUUGUCAAACAGACCUGGGAAGGAGAGGCCGGUCUUAUCGAAUACUAUAGUGAUUAUGCAGAAAGUUCAAUACCCACUGUUGAUUUAGGAGUGCCAAAUACUGAAAGAGGACAUUGUGGGAAGACUUUUGCCAUUUUGGAAAGGUUUUUAAAUCAUAGCCCUGAUACAACACCUUGGUUAGUCAUUGUGGAUGAUGACACUUUAAUAAGCAUUUCUAGGCUUCAGAAAUUACUCAGCUGCUAUGACCCAAGUGAGCCCGUGAUUAUUGGGGAACGCUAUGGCUAUGGAUUGGGAUCAGGAGGCUAUAGUUAUAUCACUGGUGGAGGAGGGAUGGUUUUCAGCAGAGCAGCAAUCCAAAGAUUAUUUGCUAGUAAAUGCCGGUGUUACAGCAAUGAUGCCCCUGAUGAUAUGGUAAUUGGAAUGUGUUUCAGUGGCUUAAGAAUUCCAGUAACACACAGCCCUCUCUUCCAUCAGGCUCGGCCAAUGGAUUACCCAAAGGACUAUCUUGCCCAUCAAGUUCCAAUAUCCUUUCACAAACACUGGAAUGUUGAUCCAGUGAAAGUAUAUUUCUCAUGGCUGGCACCAAAACUGCAAGAUGGAAAUAAACAUCCUAUAAGAGAGGAUUUAUAAUCUGUAAAAAAAAUUAAAAAUUAAAAAUUAAAUAAUGCUGUAGGUUUCAUAUUAGAGCAUUUACUGAAUUCUUGUGGUAUUGAUAAUUAUUUGUCGCCCAUAUUGUACUGAACACUAAGGAUAUGAUCUGGUACCACUUUUGGCACACCAUCCUGUUUUCUCCCUCUGGUGUACUAGGGGCAUGCAUCACAUAAUUAGGGAGGGCUAGAUGGGGACAUGGGAAGUGUGCACAGACCUCUCUUCCCCUGAAAUGCAUUCCUGUGUGUAUGUGCCAAUGGUGGGAGAGGGGAAAGCAGAUUUACAUUGAGCCCUAUGGGACUCCUCCACACACAGGCGCCCACAGUGAUACUGCAUAAUUCCCUAACUAUCUCUGUCCAGAAUGAAUGGAUGAAUAUAUAUAUUACACUCUUGCACAUUCUUACACAAACACAAAUGUAUAUAUAUUUGUUGGACUUAAUAGGGCGUUUGGUAUUAACAUCUGUAAUCUGGCAAUGCUAAGUUUUUUUUAUAAAAAAAACUCAUGCAUCAGCACCCUGUCUUCCUUGAUUCUAUCUCCUCACCCCCACUCCCGGUUGUUAGUAGCAUAUUAGGGUCCUCACGAUAAAGUGUUUUUAACUCCUUUGAGUUGCAAAGAUUUUGUGGAUCUUUAUAUGUUGGUAUGUAAAGAGGAGGGAGCUUCGUAUGGCUGUGAAUAUAAAUCUAGAGAAUUUCUAUACUGUCAUCUCUCUGAGUAUUGUCUUCUCUCUGUGUAUCAACUUGCACCAUUUUUAAAAAAAUACCAUUUAUAGAUCAUUGAAAAGGUACAGGCUUGGUGUUACUAAACUGGCCACAAGAUGUCACUACUGAUACUCCAAAAACUACAUGUCUGAAAAUUACAUGUCUGUUAACAAAUGUAUUUUAAUGAAUCUUGGAAAUUUACCAUUGUCAUACUUAUCUACGUUACAUGGUAUUAUGUGAUUUUUAUAUAUAAGACUGAAAUCUAGUUUACAUCCAUGACUGAAUGUUAUCUAUCACAUUUUUUAGUCAAGGCAUUAUAUACACUUAAAUGCUACAUAUUGAAAAUUAAUUUUUAAAUUCAGUUUUGUGUAGAAUAAGGCUGGGCCAAAAGCAAGGGGGGUAGAAUACAUAUUUCAUGGAAAAUGUCAUGAAGCUGACACAUACGAACAAUUUCAGCAAUUUUUUUGUGAGGGUUACAAAUGGGGUGAAAAUGCCUUCCUAUACAGAAUGGGGGCAAGAAGAACUGCCCUCACUCUGGUCUGGCUUCAUGAUAUCAUCAUGUGCCCUGAUUUGAUUGCCUGGAAGAUUUCUGAUUGGCUGGAAUUGCCUCAGGUUAAGAAGCCACUGUUUUCUGUUUUUAAAGACACAGAAGUCACAGGUCAUGGAAAGAAGCAGCUGCCUGACUCUGCAGUAAAUAAAAAGGCAAAUGAGGGUUCUCUUUCUGAAACAUCCAUACUUCAUUCCCCAAAAGGUUGUGGGUGGAAAUUCAGGACAGCCUUAAUUUAAAAAUUGUGUAAGAAUUAGUAUCAUUACAUUCUAACAUUUAUAACAAAACUUGUUCUGUUGAAGGCAGUUUAGGCAACUUCAAGCUAAUGUUCUUUGCUGUAUUUUAACCAAAUACAGGGUCUUAAAGCCAUAUUGCACAAUUGUUUUAACAUAUGUUUAAACAUUAUUUUCAAUAGCACAGCACUAUAAGUAAAACAGUUCUUACCAUUGGCAAAAAUGGGAAAUGAAUUUCUCUGUCAGGAAUUACUGAAGCAGUCUGCACACACUUAUGAAUGUAGCUUGGGUACUUUUAAGGGUGCAAACAAUGAGCAUAUUCAGGAUGAAUAAGUGCUUGAAUUGGAGGAACCUAAAUGCUUUCUCUAUGUUCCCUCUCUCAGUGCCUUAAACUAUAGAUAUUUCUACUGAGAAAAGAUCUAUGUUUUUUGAACUGUAUGGGGUAUAUUGUUAUUUAUGUUUGUUGUUUAAAACUGUGUAAACCUAAAUUGGAAUAAAACAAUUGUUUAAAA